CCCCGCGCUCGGCACGCGGCACGCGGCAGAUAUUAAAAUGGUCCGCAUCAUGGCGAACCGUUGCCUUCACCUGGCAUCGACCCCCCAUUGGCGCUGCGGGCAGGCGUGAGCUCGAGGGCCGAGGGAACAGCCGCCCCGAGACAUGAGCGGUGUGUGUGUGUGUGUGUGUGUGUGCGACACCAGGGCUUCGACGGCGUUGCGGCAAAUGGUGUCUGGUGGGUUUUCGGGCCUUUUUCCUCGAUGCUGAUUUACCGAGGCAUCAGGCUUCCUUGCCAAGAACGCCGACCCACCAGAGCAAGAGAGACUUUGGUACUGAUGUUGGCUUCUCUCCAGCCCUGUGAGCUUUGGCAGAGGAGAAAAAGCAAAGAGCUGAUACAGCACGAUAUCGUUCCUCCGGGCACGGCGCUAGCAAGGAGGUACGUACCAGGUACGUGGGUGCUUGCCACACUUAUUGAGGCCAGCACCCAGGCAUCAGCAAAAGCUCCUGGGCCAGGGAGGCCUCAGAUCACAACAGGAAAGCAGCUUAUGCGGGGUCGGUAGGAUGAAGGGUAAUCAAAGGGACAGACCUUUUGUUUUCUCGUGAGUGCCUGCAGUCGUUCUUGCCGUUGCUUUCGGUUGAUGAUAUGGUCGGGGCCAAAGUUGGCGGCUCCGUGACUGGCACGAUCCAGGGCCCCCGCUUUCCAGUGCGCUGAGUUCCCCGCCUUUGCCCCAUCAGUUCAACUCAUCUUCCACAAUGGAAUCCAUACCGCCAUCGCCCGUCCACGGUGCGACAAAAGAACCUCUUGAACACCCGCCAGACAUGGAUACCUACAUAUGCCCAUCAUCCGGCACAUCAUUGGAGUCUUUGCCAGCACGCACGCCGACCUGAAACAAAGGCUCCUGUCGUCUCUGGCAGCGAUGCCGGCUCCCCACCUCCCUCCCUCACUCGAUCCUCGUGGGAUCACGCUCCACUCUUGAGGCUGAGUUGCUACUUUUGCCUUGUCUCGUUUAUCAUCUACCCAGGUACCUACCAGCCUUCAUCGCACCCAGGGCACAGGAUACCAAGAUGGCGGUCGAGCAAGGCGCUCGACCUCGAAGGAGGCUAGGAGUCCAAACCAGGCACUUUUGUUGGUUACCACUGGAAACAAAAGACCCAACCCUACAUUUGUGGCCUGUGACAGCCCCCGUGACGCCUCCCCCACGGUUGCCUCGAAAGACGAAAAAGAUUGGCACCGGGAAGAUGUCCCGUUUUCUUCUCUCUCCAGCUGCGACAAAAGUCUGUCGUGCUUCUCCGUGCCUCUCCUUUGCGUCGAUUCUACGUCCGGACGGUCGCCGUGCCCCCUGCCCGAUUCUGACUGGCUCGGGCGAGCAUCGAAGCAGGCGCAGCAUUCUUGCAUGCGGCUCUUCAACCUGGGCUGCCCAAGAUUCAGUACUUAACACCUGCCUCUGCAGGGCCAGAAGGCCCCUUGUCGCCCCAGCUCCUGAGGCCCUUCUUCCAAGCUCCCCUCCCUUCCACCACCAUUUUGUUCCCAACGCCGGCCCUCGCACACUUGGCACCGGCGGACCUGGCCGUGAGAGCGGCCUCGGUUCCCCUGCGCCAGCCUCUUGCCUCCGUUUACUCUGGUCCAGUAGCGCUCUGGCCCUGGCGCGUCGCCAGGCUGUGCAGAACGGCCGACUCCACAGCAGCCGGUCCAACAACGCACCCCAUUACCGCACAUCAGGUUCCCGCUCUGCCUUGCUAGACCCGAGGGAGCUUGCUCAAAAUCCUAGUAGCCACUCGUUUGUGUAACCUGCGGCUACCUCUCAUCUAUAACCACACCGGUCCCUUCUAGAACAUCUCGCCGUUCCUUCUCUCCCUCCUGCGCCCCUCCCUCGCUUACUAGUUGACGGCCCCUUGACGCUCAAGUUACGUGACUUGCUUCCUCGGUGUGAGCUCGCUGUUUAAAAGCUCCGUUGCUCCUGCUCAGGGGUCGCAUCUGACCAGACCGACCCCCUCAUUCCAUCGCCAACCAGAUCACAGCCGCCAUCAUGUCCAACAAUAAGAAGCGCGGCCACGAUAACACAUCGCCACAGCGUAGCGAAUCCAUGAGGCCGGUGCGGACCCAGCCGCCCAGGCUGAUCAUCAGCACCUUGACCUCCGAUCGCUUCGACUCCUCCCCGCUGCAGCCUGUGCCGACCCCGGACAGCCAGAUUGUGUACAACACGAUGCGCGAUGCCGCCGCCGCCGACCGGCUGACCGCGCCGUCGGUUCGGUCAGCAACCAUGUCACGCAGCCCGUCUGCAGCCAGCUCCAACUCGCUCAGCAACGGCAUCGAUGACCUGAGAGUGCAGGAACCCCCCUCACCCAACACCAGGAAGCGGAAACAACCCAAGCGCAGCGGCCCCCUUACCGAGGCAGCAAAGACAAAGGCGGCUUUCCUGAGGAGGAUAGGCGCAUGCAAAGAUUGCCGUAAUCGCAAAGUAACCUGCCAACUCUUCCACCACGACCUCAGGCUCUUCGAGCAGGGAUAUAUGGAACGGGCUCACUUGCCACCAAGGGUGCAGACUUUCUACAACCAGUCAUCGCCACCGGGGCCGCCCGCCAUCGAUCUCUUGGGUCUUCUGCCCAUGAACUACCCGUCGUCAGCGCCCGGCUUGCCUCCCCUGAGCAAUUUGCCACAGGACCUGAUUGGAGUCGGUGGGGACUCACGGUGUCACCAGCCCAGCGCUCCCUCCCAGCACGAACUAUCGGCUGAACUCGAAACUAUGCUACGGGAGGGGCAUUUCGACGCCAAUGCUGUGUCGCCUGUUACAGCCAUGUCGUAUGCCUCGCCCAUGCUGCAGAAUGGACUGGUAUCUCCCGCCACGCCAGAGGCCCUAAGUGGCCGGCACCUCUUCAACCCUAUCUCGCGCCUCCCGUCGCCAACUAUAUCAUUACCAGCGGCCCAGGGCUUCAUUCAACUCUUUGGGUCCAGUGACGUCGCACAGAAGCCCAAUUGUGUUCCCAUCGGCCGACUGAUUGACAACAAUCUUGGGUUCUGGGAGUGCCGAGGGGGCGGCCAUCACGGGGGCGGCACCCCCUCGAUGGUCUCGUCGACGAACACGUCAACCGUCCCGGAGGUAUGCCUCCGCCACCUCGCAUCCCUGCAGGAGCUAUUGAGACAUUACAACCUGGAGCAUGGCCGGUACCAGCAUCUAGAGGACCCCUAUAUGUACAAAUGCUCUGGCUGUCAGUUCCUCAGCCACCUCGCCGGUCUGCAGUGCCCGAGCUGCGACCGAAAGCUGGUCAACGGGUCCCUCUCUUGGGAGCAGUGGUAUUAUGUAUCCCUGCUCGGGCCGGCAAGCCUCGCGGCAGAGCGGAUCACCUCGGUACCUAGCGGAGCGGGCCUUUCCCCCUUCCAGUUUCACGGCAACUCCAGCUCUGGCUUCUCUCCGUCCACCCAACCGUUCAACGGCUCAUACUCCAACUUGCUGCACCCUUCACAACAAUACUACCGCGGGGCGGAUGGCCGGGGGCGCCACAGGAAGAACAAGGAUACCAGCGGGUCCGCGUCUGAAAAGGCCCGAGACGACCUCAACAGCGAGCCCCAGAGCGCAAAGUCCGCCUGCCCCUUCCGCCAACUGGUCCCGGCCACGCUCGAACCCAUGUGCUCACCAGUGGACAACAAAAUGUGUGGCUGGCGCCAGCCCAGCCGCAGUCGCAGUCGCAGUCGCCGGCGCAGCCGCAGCCGACCGUGCAUGCCAUCGCCCCGGGGUUCCUCCUGUCCGCUUUCGGUGGCGGGCAGGCCCGCGGCGGCGCUGUUAUUAGCUACCGGCCGCUGGCUACUGCCCCUCUUGCUGGCGGUCUUUCUCUUGUGCGCCCUCGCGCUCUCAUCGUCGGUUUCUGCCGCCUCUCCCCCCGUUGGAGACGUGGACGUGCUCGGUCCUCUCUCGCGCACCCGGCUGCAGAACUGGGUCCUCCUGUCCGCGGGCGGGCUCCUGGGCACUUGGCUCCUGGGCACCGUCAGUGCGGGCGUGGGCGCGCUGGGUCGUCUGCGGAUGGGUGAGAAUGCCGGACUGGCCGCGCCGAACCUGGUUGCUGGUGUUGUGUAAGCUUUCCCUUCGUCUGUAUUUGCGGGUGUCCAAGAUAGGUCAUGUCUAUGUUGUCGUUGGUUCCCGAUAGGUAUCGCUCGGAAGUCUAUUGUGGUAAUCGUUUCCUUCCUUCCCCCACCACUCCUUGUUGUUUCUGCCAGCCACGAUGGGCUGUUGAAAUGUUUUAUGUACUCCUUACAAGGUCUUUAAUCAUCCUGUCUACUAUUCCCUUUCAUUAUAUAAACGCAUCUCAAACCUAAUUUUUGUAUAAUCCAGCACGCAUGCUCACAUCUUGUCUGGCUCCUUCACACAACCCAACCCACUGUUUGCUGGUUUUUGUCGGCGAGUGACGUG